AUGACCUUGCCCAUCCGUGGUCUGCAAUACCCUUCUGCCAGGCCUUUACUGUAUGGCGAACAUAUACACAUGGAAUACUUCCAAGCCGUUUGUGCUGGGGAAUUCUCUUUAUUCUUCGAGCUCCCCGGAUGGAGAAACAUCAUCCUCCGGGCCACUCUCGCCGAACCAGCAUUGCAUCAUGCUGCCUUAGCAAUCGGGGCCUUGACCAGCAGCCGUUACCAUCCUGGCAUAUGGCACACACCCCCGGCGAUCGCGUUCUCAAUUCGACAUUAUAGCGUGGCCAUUCGGGAUCUCCGCCGUCGGCUUGAUGGAUCUUCCCAAAGUCUAGAGCUUGCCGUCUUAACGAGCGUUGUCUUCAGCUAUAUCGAGUCUCUCCUAGAACUUGAUAGCCGGACCAAGAUGCAUAUCCAGGCUGGAUAUGCCAUACUUGAAGACCUCUACACGAGGCACGACAGGACAAUCGCUGUUUCUACUCAGGUUGGGUCGAACGGCCAGGUUGGCAAUAUAUCAACUAGAUAUAAUUUACUUGCCAGUGCCAUGUUUCAACUCACUGCUCAACUCAAUUGCUUAGGGAAAUUUCAGUCGAACAGCAACGAUUGA